UUUUAAAAAUGUUUUUCGUUAAAUAAUAAAAAAUUGCUUUCGAUUCAAUUUUUUUUUUAUUUUACUAAAGAAAAAAAUACAUUUACAUGGUCAAUAUUGGAUCAGGAAAAAGUCAAUUUACUCGAGUCAUUAUCAAGGAUUUCAGUUCACUAUAUGACCUUUAAUUCAUCCACCUACCAAAUAUUAUCAAAUAAUGAGUGGUCACCUCAAGAUAUCUAUUGUCCUGAGGCAAAAGCUGCCAAUAAGAUUUCUUUUGAUCAUACUUUUCAAAACGAUCAAGUUUUCUUAGAAAUUAACAGUGAAAAAGAUGCGCUACAAACAGAUCUUAGUAUGUGGCAAUAUCCGGAGGAUAUGCUGACAGUUCCUCAUAAAACUAUUCGUUUAGGAAUUUUUGUUUUGGUUUCUUACGAAAAUUUGAAAAUAAUUUCCUUUUUCACAUAUUUUUAUAUUAUUGUCUCCUUAGUGCUUGAUGGUUUAUUAAUUUUACUAGCGGCUUUGGUACUAUGUAUUUUCUGGCUUUUUUGUGGCGAAGUUGGUGUUAAACAUGCGACAUCUGCUACUUCAUUAGUAUAUUGCUGUUUUCAUAAUUUUUGUUUACUCGGCCUUGCUAUUGUAGGAAUUUUGCUUCUUACAACUCAGUCUCACUUGCUAUUGGCAAAUGACUUAGUCUUAGUACUACUUUACCUGGUAUUAGAAACUACUCUUAUGAUUGUCUACUCAUUAAAAUCUUUUUGUAUUGUUUGGGGUUUGCUACGUUAUUUGUGCCAAAAAUUUCAAAAGAAAUCGUACUAAAAAAUUUUUUUAAAAAUGCGUUACAACGUUACAUGUUUCCAUGGUACUACAUUUUUUCUUCUCUUGAAUUAUUAAAAAAAAAUUCAUUUUAUAUAACCAUAUCAAAUAUUUUUUUAAGAAAUUGGUU